CAAAAGGUCAAACAUACACAACUUGGACUCAACUUGUGUUGGAUCUCUAUUUAGGCCCCCCUCUGCAUCCCCAUCUACCCCCCCUUCCUUCCUUCAUCUCUUUUCUUUUCCCAUUUGCUUAGCUUUUUCAUUUACCAGAUAAUAAUAAAUUUCCCUUUUCACACCCUCCCCUUCUCAAAUUGAUCACUCCAUUCCACCCUCUAAUGUAAUCCAUUCUUAACCAAUUUUUAUUUUAGGCCUUCAUAACUUACAUAACAUCAUUCUUCAUUAUCCAACUUUUGGCUUCACCAAUCUGUUCCUCCAUGGAAAACCAAUUCUUUCUCAAUGCUGGUGUGCCCCCUCAGCUGCAUUUUGAGCCUUCUCCACACCACCAUCAUCACCAUCUUUGUCCACCACCCUCUUGGCAAUCAUCACUGUCUUCUGCCAUGGAUGUUCAAGUCACUGUUUUGAAUUGUUCAACUGAGCAGAACCCGGAUUGCUUCUACAACAACACCCCCACAUGGGACAAGUCAACGGAUCAUCAUGGUCUUCAGUUUGAUUCAGCUCUGAGCUCAAUGGUGUCCUCUCCUGCAGCCUCCAAUUCCAACAUGUCAAGUGAGAAUUUUGUCAUCAGGGAAUUGAUUGGAAAAUUGGGAAACAUUGGUGCUGGCUCUGAUGAGAUUGAGAUCUCACCUCAUUCUCAGCCUUUGGUUGGUGCAUCUUCCUACAUCAAUUGCAAUAACAACAGCACCAACACAUCAUGUUAUAGUACCCCUUUGAGUUCUUCUCCAAAGGUGAACAUGAACAAGAUCCCCACAAUGGUGAAGCACUUGGUGAAAGAGGGCAUGCCCCUAAGUUUGGGGACAUCAACGUCCUUGAAUUCCACCGUGGCGGAAUUCUCAGCUGAUCCUGGCUUUGCUGAGAGGGCUGCAAAGCUUUCUUGCUUUGGAAGUAGGAGUUUCAAUGGCAGGACCACCCAAUUGUGCCUCAACAUUGCUGAAUUGGCUCAGAGAUCUUCUCCAUUGGUGGAAAAUGGGAAGAAGCAGCUCCCUAGAGUCUCAAGUAGUCCAUCACUCAAAGUGCUUGGAUCUCAAAUGGGUACUCAGGAGAACAAGAAUUCUCCAUUGCAAGACCUAAUGGAAGUGGCCAAUUCUCAAGAGGAGUCCGCAAUCUCUGAACAAACACCAAAUGGAGACACUGGGGAGAAACCUUCCCCUUAUGUGAAUUCUAGGAAAAGAAAAGGUCCAUCCAAAGGAAAAGCCAAAGAAACUUCAACCUCUACCAACCCCCCUAUGGCUGCUGAAGCUAGCGAUGACUCGAAUGCAAAGCGCAGCAAGCCUAACGAAGGUGAGGGGAAUGAAAAUGGCCAAGUGAAGGCAGAGGAAGAGUCCAAAGGAGGUAAUAAUAGUAAUGCAAAUGAUGAGAAACAGAACAAGAGUAACUCAAAACCUCCUGAGCCUCCAAAGGAUUACAUUCAUGUUAGAGCAAGAAGAGGUCAAGCCACUGAUAGUCAUAGUCUUGCAGAAAGAGUUCGGAGGGAGAAAAUCAGUGAAAGAAUGAAGCUUCUCCAAGAUCUUGUCCCAGGUUGCAACAAGGUCACGGGUAAAGCACUAAUGCUUGAUGAAAUUAUAAACUAUGUUCAGUCAUUGCAGCGCCAAGUUGAGUUUCUGUCUAUGAAGUUGGCUUCUGUUAACACCAGGCUGGAUUUUAGUAUUGAGAGUCUAAUCUCAAAAGAUAUAUUUCAAUCAAAUAAUUCUUUGGCACAGCCAAUAUUCCCAAUAGAUUCCUCGGCGCCACCCUUUUAUGGGCAACAAACUCAGCCAAACCCAGCAAUCCACAAUAACAUUCCUAAUGGAACUAUGACCCACAACUCAGUGGACCCAUUAGAUACUGGUAUGUGCCAAAACCUUGGCAUGCAUUUACCACACCUAAAUGGUUUUAAUGAAGGUGGCUUUCAGUAUCCAAUAACAUUCUCUGAAGAUGACCUCCACACCAUUGUUCAGAUGGGAUUUGGCCAAACUGCAAAUAGGAAAACACCAAUACAAUCUCAGAGUUUCAAUGGCUCAAAUCAAGAACCCCUAUGAAAAUCAAGCUCUGAUUCACCAUUCAUUACGCCUGAAUUGAAGCUCGGAGGAAUAGGAAGACUACUGCUGUACACAACAAAAAGAAGAGAUUUAAUUUGAACCACCCCUUGAAUUAUUAAGCCAUUAUUAUCACUAGGUCUAAUAGAACCCUCUUUUGUCCUUAUGUAUGUUAGCCAUUUUCUUUUCUUACCCUUUUCAUGAUUUUAAUUUUUAAUCAUCAGGGGCAGUUCUUUUCAUUAUUUUUUUUACAACCUAUUCACUGUAAAAUCUUUAGGACCGAUUCUGUAUUCUCUUUGGUGCAAAUUCUUAUUAUUACGGCACCAAUUGUAAGAUAUAGUGCUUAUUAAAGGAGUUUUUCUACUACCCAGCCAUUAUGAUUA